CCGGGCGCGGCCUCCAGCAGUGUUCCCGUGCGGGAGAACCCCUCCCCCAGUGCUCACUCUCCGGUGCCAGCCCCGCCGCUGCCGUUGCCCCCGCAGGGACCGAGAUCUCAGCAGAUGCAGAUGGCUGAAUCCAACUGUCUCUCCCCCGAUUGGGACCUACCAGCUGGGGAAGCUUUUCUUCAAAAUGUCUUUGGCAUUAUCAUGGAAGAGGCUGUACGAAAAGGAACUGACACCUCUGAGAAGGUUUGUGAGUGGAAGGAGCCAGAGGAGCUGAAAAAGCUGCUCGAUUUGGAGUUGCGGAGCCAUGGAGAGAAGCAGGAACAGAUCCUUGAUCGGUGCCGGACCAUCAUCCAGUAUAGUGUGAAGACCUGUCAUCCUCGCUUCUUCAACCAGCUCUUCUCAGGGCUGGACCCUCAUGCUUUGGCUGGCCGGAUCAUCACAGAGAGUCUUAAUACCAGUCAGUACACUUAUGAAAUUGCUCCCGUGUUUGUCCUCAUGGAAGAAGAAGUGCUGAAGAAACUCCGGGCCCUGGUGGGCUGGAGCAGCGGGGAUGGGGUCUUCUGCCCGGGCGGCUCCAUUUCCAACAUGUAUGCACUGAACUUGGCCCGGUAUCAGCGGUAUCCUGACUGCAAACAAAGGGGACUUCGGGCCCUGCCACCCUUGGCUAUCUUCACAACGCAGGAGAGUCACUACUCUGUUCAGAAAGGAGCUGCUUUCUUGGGCAUGGGCACAGACAGCAUCCGACUGGUGAAGGCCGAUGACAGGGGAAGGAUGAUCCCAGAGGACUUGGAAAAACAAAUUAAUCAAGCUGAGGCAGAGGGUGCAGUCCCACUCCUUGUCAGUGCCACCUCAGGUACCACCGUGCUGGGGGCCUUUGACCCCCUGGAGGCUAUUGCUGAUGUGUGCCAGCAACAUGGGCUGUGGCUGCAUGUGGAUGCAGCCUGGGGUGGAAGUGUCCUGCUAUCUCAGACACACCGGCACCUCCUGGAUGGCAUUGAGAGGGCUGACUCAGUAUCCUGGAAUCCCCACAAGCUGCUGGCAACUGGACUGCAGUGCUCAGCUCUCCUCCUGCGGGAUACCUCGAACUUGCUAAAGCACUGUCAUGGAGCCCAGGCCACCUACCUGUUUCAGCAAGACAAGUUCUAUGAUGUGUCUCUGGACACAGGAGACAAGGUUGUGCAGUGUGGCCGCCGUGUGGAUUGCCUGAAGCUGUGGCUCAUGUGGAAGGCUCUCGGGGGAUCCGGCUUGGAGCAACGAGUGGACUGGGCUUUCACCCUCACCCGGUACCUCGUAGAAAAGAUGAAGCUGCAGAAGGGCUUUGAACUGGUCAUGGAGCCAGAAUUUGUAAAUGUAUGCUUCUGGUACGUGCCCCCCAGCCUUCGUGGACAAGAAGACAGUGCUGAUUAUUGCAUGAAGCUGGCCAAGGUGGCGCCGUUGCUGAAAGAGCGCAUGGUCAAAAAGGGAUCCAUGAUGGUGGGCUACCAGCCCCACAGAAGCUGGCCCAACUUCUUCCGCCUAAUUGUGGCUAACCCAGCCCUGAGCAUGGCCGACCUAGACUUCUUCUUGGAUGAGCUAGAGCUGCUAGGGCAGGACUUGUAACUUCCCUGGGCUGACUAAUGAGCUGCAGUUCUUAUAAAUGCAAAGUAUUCUUUACAUUCUCUUUCUACUUGUUUGCCCUGAUGCUAAUUGGUGAUGAUGAGAGGGGUAGAAGAAGAGGAGGGAGUCAACUAGUGAAUCAGCAAGCAUUUAUUAAGUGCCCAGUGUGUGCUAGGCACUGUACGGAGUGCUGGGAAUACAGACACAAAAAGUGGAACCAUCCCUGCUCUGAGGGAGCAUACCUUCUUAUGGAAAAGAUAGUAGCCAUAUGCAUUAGGUGUAUACAGAAAAAUAUAUAAAGGAUGAAAACAGAGUAGCUAAAUCCAAGUUAGAUUGGGAGGGAGGGUACUAGUAGUGAGGGGGAUCAGGAAAGCUUCAUGUAGAGGUAGUGCUUGGGCUGAGUCUUGAAGGAGCAGGGAGAGUCUAGGAGCAGGAGAGGAGGAAGAGCAUUCCAGGCAUGAGUGACAGUCAGAAGAAGGAGUGCUGGGGCAGAUCUCAGAGCUGGGACCGGCCAUCAGGAGGCCGUGGGAAGCCGUUGGCGUUUGGGAGGGGAGUGACAGUCAGAUGGGGGCUGGAGGAAGAUCUCUUUGGCAGCUGUUUGGAGGAUGGACAUUUGUGAGUAGAAAGAAGAGAUAAGAUGCAAGGAGUGAUACACAACAGAUUUUGGCAACUGGUUGGAUUUGUGAAUAGCAGGAGAGCAAGGAGCCGUAUUAACCAAAAAGAUUCGGGAGGUGAAUUGGAUGUGUUGAGUUGAGGCAACUCUGGGAUAUCAGGUUCAAAUGUCCAAUGAGGACUGCUAGGCAUCACACAUAAAUACAUUGAUCAUCGGCAUGGGAGCAGGAGUUCAGCCAGAGAAAGAAGGGAACAAGGCAGUGUGUGCCCACAUCAUAUGGCUGCUGAGCCAGGAAAGGAGAUGGGGAAGAACAGGGGAGGGAAAUGUCACAAAAUCCCGGAGAGGAGGGGACAGGUUGGUCAGUAGUGUCCUAUGCUUCAAAGGGUUUGGGAAGGUUGAAAGCUGAGAAAAGAUCAUCAGGCUUGGCAAGUAAGAGGUCAUUGGUAACUUUGGAGAGAGCGAUUUCAGUUAGGGUGAGGAAUGAAUGAGUGAGAGGAGAGGAAGGGGAGGCAAUGCAGGUAAAACAGAUUUUUUAGGAGUUUGGCCAAGAAAGGAAGAUGAGAUAGAGGGUGAUUACUGGAGGUCAUGGUAGAGUCUAGGGAAGAUUUUUUUUUUUUAAGGAUGAGGGAGACCUGGAUACGUUUGAAGGGAGGAAAUGAGGUUUGUGAGCUGGUUAAGAUUGCAAAUCUGUUGGAGAAUAUGGGAGAGAGGAGGGGAUCAAAGAUAACAUGUAGAAGGGUUGGUUUUGGCAAGGAGAAUUGUUAGAGACUAAGAAAAAAGAUGAGAGAAUAGGGAGUGAUGUCAAGUAGGUUUUGAGAUGAAGAUGAGUGAAAAUGAGAGAACCCAGGUAAAAUGGCCUUACUUUUCUGAGUAAAGUAAGAGGCCCUCAGAUGAAGUUUUUGAGGGAAGGUGAUAAUGGGGAGGCUUAAAGGAAGGGGCAAAGAAUUGGAAUAGCUUCUGUGGGGAGUGAGAGAGAGACACACACACAAUUAGAGAGGAAUAAAAGGAUUGUUUUGCUGUAGAGAGGACCCACUUGCAGAUGAAAAACAUGAAUUUAUGAUGUGCCUAGUCAGAAAAGUAGAUCACCUCCUCCAGCUUUUGUUCUGCGGCUGUUUGUUAAGUGGUAGGGAUGGAUGGUAAUGAACGUAAGGGACUGAAAGUAGUAAGCUGUGUUGCCUUGGAACAGAAGUAUACAGGAAGGGUUUCCAACUAAGCCUGCAGCAUUUUUCAUAAGAUUAUUCUACUUGAUAGAAAAAAUGAUUUCUUCCUGUGUGAGGGGUAGAGUUGGUGCAGAAAGUUUUGAAGAGAGGCAUUCUUUACUUCCUUCUUUAAAAGAUGACAAUCAUGAUUCUAGACUCUUUGGGAGACUAAGUCCAGGCAGGAAAAAUAACAAGGUUUUCUUGUAGACAUGUAGGAAAAGCUAGCUUCUCAAUAUAUUCCUGAUUCUGAGUCUGCUUUCUUAGAGACGUUGGGGAAUUUUUUCUUGGUUUAGGUUGAGGCUAUUCAUUUGGUUUAAGCAAGAUCUCAUCUCACUUCUAUCUAAAGAGCAAGAUUGCCUACCUAAUUCACUCGUGUAUUUCCUGAUAUAUUCUAAUCUAUAAAAUUUCUCUAAUCUUUGUUGACUGUUUAUAUAAAAGAAUUUACUCACUCUUCA